AAAAAUUGCAGUACCUUUCCUUGCAACCAAAGCCAAGCACUCUUCCUUCUUCUCCCACCUUUAAUCUCUCUCAUCGAUCUUCACAUGGCGCCGCACCCAUGUCGUCCUUCAGUCCUUGUCCCUCUCUUAUAUACACCACAACCACACUGAGCACCUCCUCCUCCUCCACUCUACAGCCACAGGCUAAGCAAGGAGUGAUUAGUUGAGCAGCAGCUGGCUUUGGCUGGCUAGGUAGGUGGCCCGCCAUUAAUGGCCGCCGGGUGCAAGGCGGCCAUCGGCUGCGUGGACGCGCGCGCGCCGGUCCGGGCCAGCUACGUCAGCCUGUACAAGUGGCCCGAGUCCGACGCCGAGUUCGUCAAGUCGGUGGCCAUGGCGCGGCGCCAGGGAGGUCAGGAGGAGAGCCCAGGCAGCUCGUCCUACUGCUACUACAACGGCAGCGGCAGCAUGCGCCGCGGCUGCAGCGGUGAGCUGGCGGCGGGGUACUGCAGCCCGCGGGUGGUGGACAGCUACUCGUGCCGGCAGAUGUACCUCCGCAGCUACACCUUCUCCAAGAAGAAGGAGACCGUGCCGGAGCGCACCAUGGCCUGCCUCGGCCGCGUCCGCGAGCGCGCCGCCGUGUUCCCAUUCCUCCCGCAGCGCGGCGGCGGCGGUUCUGCGGCCGCCUCUGACGCCGGCUCGGUCGGCAGCGCGAGCAACAUUGCCGGCGCCGGCGGUCACGGCGCGAGCGGAGACAGAGAGGACGUGGGACUCCGUGGCAGGAAGGCGAGGGCGAGGAGGAGGAGGAGGAAGAAGAAGAAGGGGUGCGCCAUCGUGAGGAGGCUGCAGGAGGCGUCGUGCGGCGCGGUGCGCGCCAUCUUCCGCCGCCUCCUCGCCUGCACCACCAGCGUGGACGUCGCCGACAGCGGCGCGCAGCCGUCGAGCUGAAAUGGUCACGUGUGCAGUGUGCUGCCUUGCUGUUCUGCUUCUGCAUGCAUGCAUGCAUGCUGCUCUAGCUUGUGUUAAUUUUCGUGUGCCACUGCAAUGCUGCUAGUAAAUUAAAUUACAUUCCUCUCGAGCUGCAGUACAGUAGCAAGCAGUAAGUAGUAGUAAUCUGCAGUAAAACAUGGACGCAAAUCAUCAGACGGCUGUACGUAUUGUAAGUUAAUCAAUUUGUGAUUGUGUUAUUUAUUUGGUAUAUGUAUACACUUGCUAUUGUACAUA